AUGAAUUCUUAUGAAAACUUACUCACAUGGAUUCUUCUCAUUUCUACAGUUACUUUCAGUAGAACAAGUAGUUGUCUUCCUGGAGUUAUUGGUACUUGUGGAUGUUGUGAUUCAACAAGAACAACAUGUAUUGAAAUACCAUACAAUAUUUUACCAUUUGUUACUCCAAACUAUAUGUGUAUUUCAAAUGAAAUAAUAAAAACUUUCUCAUUUACUCUUUGUAAUUGUACAUUAAAAGAUCCAGCUCUUUGCUUAUGUUUCAAUCGUACACAAUCGUUUCCAAUCUAUGAACAAUGUGAUUCAUUUACAGAAUGUGCCAUUGCUGAUAUUCGUGUCAAAGCGAAACAUGAAAUUGACAAUACAUUAUGUAAUAGACCUAUACGGACUGGCCGCUGCUCAUAUCGUUAUACGAAUCGAUUUUACUUUGAUUUUCACCAUAAUUUGUGCAAGGAAUUUAUGUAUAGCGGUUGUUCUGCUAAUCGUAAGACAUUUCUUACGCGAGAAUUCUGUGAACAUACAUGUCAAUUUUAA